AUGCCUAGACAACUCCGAGCCUACAGCCAACACAGACGCAACGACGACGAAACGCACCAAAACCACCCGGUGCUCCCACACCUCAACACCCGAGGAGACAUGCACAUGACCAACGUAGGCUCCAAGGCCAGCACGCGGCGGUACGCGCGCGCAAGUUGUCGUGUGCACUUCACAAAUGCCAUCACCUACAACGCUCUUACGACAACUCCUACCACCACCGGUUCUGAAACUAGUACGAAUGCUAGAAAUACGAAUGCGCUCGCAAAAGGCGACGUUUUUGCCGCGGCGCGCGUAGCGGGGAUCAUGGCAGCGAAGAAGACGCCGGAUAUCGUGCCGCUGUGUCAUCCCAGUAUAGGGAUUGAUAGUGUCAGUGUUGAUAUUGAAUUGGUUGGACCGGAGACAGGAAAAGAAGAAGGGUUCGGAGCGGUUGAGAUCACGGCUACGGUCACCUGCGAAGGGCGCACUGGGGUCGAGAUGGAGGCGAUGACGGCGGUGAUGGGGGCCGCGUUGACGGUGUAUGAUAUGUGCAAGGCGAAUGACAAGGGGAUGGUGAUUGAUGCGGUGAGGCUGUUGGAGAAGAGGGGAGGGAAGAGCGGGGUGUGGAAGAGGUAG